AGCAUCAAAAAACGUACAAUUGUUUGCUAUAUCUGGAUAAUUAACCGAAUAGAACGAUGCUUAGGUGUAAGGUCGGUUUGUUUUUAAAGGAGAAGGCACGGUGGUCAACGUUACGCAAGUCUAUUAACGAAAAUCCCAAGUUACUCAAUGUGCUUGCGUAGAUUUGUACGCAACUAUGCUGCCUACCUCGCGUCAUCCGUGUCUCGACCCCGAUCGAUCGAUAAAUUUGCAUCUACGCAUUCUAUCGUUAUUCUUUUCCUUCAUUAUCGAUUCAAUUCUCAUCGACGCAGAUUCCAGAUAUAUCGACGUCAUUCCCACAGGAUCAUGCCCGUAUAAUAUCAAAAAAAUUACAAGCAGGAAAUAUCACGGAAUACGCGAUUCCGAUUUCUAUUCAUCGAUAUUUCCUUUAAUAGAAGAUCCAUUUAGAACGUAAUUAUAACUUGGAAAUUGAACAGUAAGAGAACAAACGUUCUAUGACUACCGUCGUACCGUGUGGCGCGAAUUUCGUUCGAGCGUUGGCUGCGAGAGUACGAUAUAAUUCGAGGAACCUAUCCGAAACGGAUGUCCGGCUGCUAUGAGUCACAACCUAACCCCACCGUAACUUCUUUUACUUGGGUCUCAGCAUCUCCGAAAGGGACGUCUAUAUAAGAUACGAAUGGCAUCGGUGAACGCGCAGAGUAACCUCGUUCAUGGAGAAAGCGUUUGGUUAGAGAGCAAAACUCGACGCAUCGCAGACAUUCCCUGUCGGACUACCGGUUGCAAAGAUCUUCGAUUAGUGACAAUAAGUUUAAAUCGCAACAAACGCGAUAACGUCUAAGAAUGAUGCUGCGGUUCGUUUGGUUACUCGGGAUAGUGGUGCAUGCUUUUGCAACGCAAGUACCAGUGAACAACCCUGAAUGGUCAUGGCAAACGGAAGACGCGAUAUCGACCAGUGAAUCCAAGAAUCAAGGCACAGGACAGACUCAAGAUAAAAGAGCUAUCUUAGAUGCAAACGGAAAUAUAGAAAUCAUCGAUCCACCUACCGAGCAGCGAUCGGUGGAAUCGGUGGUCGAUGAAAUUCUUGUCUCUAAUCGACAGGGCCGCAAUAUCGAAGGUUUCGAUCAACUGUACGCAGACCCAGAGGUGAAGAACGCCCUUCAAUUGGGAAAUGAGACGAUCGCUCGAACGUACAUCAGGGACAAGUUGUGUUCUCUCGGCUUAAUGAACUGUGAAAACGUCGAGGGACGUCGCCCGUAUUAUUCCCCUCAUCGCGGAAUAUAUCCUCAAGAUAUAAUCUACGCUCAACCCGUGACCAUCAAACCCGUUGGAAGACCUCUACCAGCCAUUCCAGUAAAACGACCAUACAGUCCAGCAACGAGACCAGGACCACCACCAUCGUCCAGUUUCGUUUCCUCUGGACCGCCACCGGAAGUGAUCUACGGAGUCGGCGGGGCUCCACAUCCCCCAUCAUUCGGACCUUCGCCCAGUCUAAUUGGUUCUUAUCCUGCGUUCAAAAAACCCGGCCUUUCCUCAUUCUCCUCGAAACCGGUCUACGAAGCAGGCUCACUGAACGAAGGUUUCGACUUCGAGAGCAACAGUCAGUUCAUCGACAAGAAACAAAUAGCGUUGAGACCAUCUAUCGGUUCUGACGCGGUUCAACAACACGUCCACCAUCAUUACCACCACUCUGAUGGCGCCGCUGGUGCAACAAUAGCUGGUGGACCGACAUUUGGCGCGAAUCCGAUUAGCCAAGGUGCCGCAUCUCUCAGUUACGGGUCCAGUUAUGGAAAUAUAGGAACAACUUACGAUAUUCCUAACUCUGGAGUUCUUGGUGGUAGUUUCCAAGAUCUGGACGACUAUAAAAAGGCAUUCAAAGUGAAAGGAUCGAGCAACGAUGCAAAUGCAUUCGGUUCUUCGUCGGCGAGCAGCUACGCGGACAAGUAUCCCAUCUACGAAAAACCAACGCGAGACUUCACCUACGGCAAAGCAGAAGGCUACAAGCCUGGCAAAUACUUCACUGCGACCAAUUACGUUUCUUCCAACGCCGUUCAUUCCUCCUCUAACGAUUAUAUCGCUGCUGGAUCAACUAACAGCUUCAAUUACGGAAAUAGUAACGGUAAUGACUUUAGAAAUGACUUCUCCGCGGGAUAUUCUGGAGACUGCGUUUGUGUUCCGUACGACCAAUGUCCGAGCGAGCACGCAGGACGUAAGGACGACUUGUUCCUACCCAUUGAUCCCCGUAAUUUGAACAAGAAUAUCGAAGCUGAGGCAACAGCAACGGCAGAAAAGAACGCGAACGAAACAUCCGCGAUCGUGCAAAUAGCAAAGAAUGGUGAAGUCGAUUCGAACGUUUUCCAAAUUUCUGCCGAAGAGGAACAACCAAAGCAGGCGCAGGAGAACGUAAGGAACAAGAGGGAGGCACCUAGUGACGAAAGCAUCGAAGGCAGAAAGAAGUCGAGCGGAGAAGGGAGACUCGAUGCUAGCGAUCUGGACUCUUCGAAAUUAAACCUCAAGCCGACCUGGGGGAUCAGUUUCGGUCUGCCGCAAACCGGUGGCCCGUACCCGAUUAAUCCUUACGGUGGUAAUGUCCUGGUAAAUCCGUACGCAGGGUACGGUUCCGCCGAUCAAGGCAUAAAUUUAGGCCUGGUUUCCGUGAAUCCUCUGCUAGCUGUACAAUUCACCAAAGACGAGUACGGCGAGAAAGUGGUAAAACCGUUUGUAAAUUUUCACGUAACGCCUAAUCGAAAUAUCGUGCAGAAACUCGGUCAUCUGCUCUCUCACAAGAAGCAAACGCUGUUCGAAAAUUACGGGCCCAACUAUGCGCCGCAUUACUAUCCUUCCAAGCCUAUCGAGCUUCACGAGAAACCGUAUUACGUAAAACCUCACUAUCCUCCCCAUCAUUACGCGGGUCAUCAUGAACCUCACUAUAGCCACGAAUAUUCCGAUUACUAUCGAGACGGCGAUGACGAUUACGAUUAUGAUUACGACGACUAUUAUCGUAGUAACGCGCGUAGCAAUGGUAAAACGGACGCUAUUGAUGCGAAUGGACGAACGGUUCCGAAAGAAAGAACCGCUGGGAAAGUUUCGUUUCCGAACAGAAGAAAGCGUGACGUAGAAUCAACGCGCGAUUUCCAAUUACCAGAAGAUAUAACGGAGAGACAAUAUCUAAACAUCGGUUCCUCUCGAGCUUGCGGCCCUGGCUACGUUUGUUGUUCACAAAGACAACCGUCGAGGAAGCCACGACCAGGUCAAUGUGGAGUCAGAUAUACUCAGGGAAUAAAUGGAAGAAUCAAGACACCCUCUUACGUCGAUGGUGACUCUGAAUUCGGUGAAUAUCCUUGGCAAGUGGCAAUACUCAAAAAAGAUCCAACGGAAAGCGUGUACGUAUGUGGUGGUACUCUCGUUUCUCCUCGACACAUUCUCACAGCAGCGCAUUGCGUAAAAACCUAUGCAGCACGAGAUCUCCGCGUUCGACUAGGAGAAUGGGACGUAAACCACGACGUUGAAUUCUAUCCUUACAUAGAACGUGAUGUUGCCAAUGUCCACGUACAUCCCGAAUUCUAUGCUGGUACUCUUUACAAUGACAUCGCGAUACUAAGGAUCGAUCACGAUGUAGAUUUUCAGAAGAAUCCACACAUUAGUCCUGCUUGUUUGCCGGACAAACGUGACGAUUUCACCAGAAGCAGAUGCUGGACAACCGGUUGGGGCAAAGACGCUUUUGGCGAUUUCGGAAAAUAUCAAAAUAUCUUGAAAGAAGUCGACGUGCCUGUGGUGAGCAACCCGGUCUGCGAACAGCAAAUGCGACGAACGAGAUUAGGUCCAGGUUUUAACUUGCAUUCUGGAUUUAUUUGCGCUGGUGGAGAAGAAGGAAAAGAUGCUUGCAAAGGUGAUGGUGGUGGACCAAUGGUUUGCGAACGGAAUGGUCGUUGGCAAUUGGCAGGGAUCGUGUCGUGGGGAAUUGGCUGUGGACAACCUGGCGUUCCUGGAGUAUAUGCUCGGGUUUCCUAUUAUCUCGAUUGGAUUCAACAAAUUAUCAAUCGUUAUUAAUGCAUCACGAUAGAAAUCAUUCGCUACCUCGACGCUAUGAUUAUUUAUAUCGCUUAAUUCGAUUUUCGUUUUAUUUCAUUUUCAUUUACGCUCUAGAUCCCAAUAAUAAUACGACAUCGUUGUUCAUCGAUUAUAACACAGAGAUUCGAGGAUUUUACGAUAUAUAAUAUUUAUAAUGUAUUAUAAGAAUGUGUAGAUCGUUAAGUAAAUUAAUUCUAA